AUGUCUUUGAAUAUUUUGGUUUUAGGUAACGGUGGUAGAGAACACGCAUUGGUGUGGAAGUUAGCCCAAUCUGCCUCUGUUAGCACUAUUUAUGUUGCUCCAGGUAAUGGUGGUACGGCCACGGUUGAAAAUGUUGUUAACGUUCCAGAACUUAGUCCAUCUCCAGAAAACUUUUCUGCUUUGAAGGAGUUUGUAUUGGAGAAGAACAUCGGCUUGGUUGUACCAGGUCCAGAACAACCGUUGGUGGAUGGGAUUACUCAAGUUUUCCAAAGUAUUGGUAUUCCGGUCUUUGGCCCAAGUGCCAAGGCUGCCAUUUUUGAAGGUUCCAAAACAUUCUCAAAGGAUUUCAUGCAGAAGCACAAUAUUCCUACUGCUCGUUAUGCGAACUUCGAUGACUACGAAGCGGCUAAAGCUUAUCUAGAAAAAGUAGAUUAUCAGGUGGUAUUAAAAGCUGACGGUAUCGCUGCAGGAAAGGGUGUUUUGAUCCCUACUACCCAAGAAGAAGCUCAAGAAGCCUUGAAAAUCAUCAUGGUGGAAAGACAAUUCGGUGACGCUGGUAAAAGCGUUGUCAUUGAAGAAUUCUUGGAAGGAGAUGAAAUCUCCAUCUUGACAAUCUCAGACGGUUACUCAUACUUUAACCUACCACCAGCCCAAGACCAUAAGAGAAUUGGUGAAAAUGACACCGGUUUGAACACUGGUGGUAUGGGUGCUUAUGCUCCGGCACCUGUUGCUACUCCAAAGUUGUUGGAACAAAUUGAUAAGACUAUUGUCAAACCAAGUAUUGAUGGUAUGAGAAAGGACAAAUUGCCAUUUGUCGGUGUCUUGUUUACUGGUAUCAUCUUGACUAAGAACGGUCCCAAGGUAUUAGAGUACAAUGUUAGAUUUGGUGACCCAGAAACGCAAACAGUCUUGCCAUUGUUGACUGAAGACACCGAUUUGGCUCAAGUCUUUUUAGCAGCUGCUGAACAUAGAUUGGAUUCAGUUGACAUCAAAAUCAAGGACAACUGCUAUGCUACUACUGUAGUUUUAGCUGCUGGUGGCUACCCAGAGUCAUACAAGAAGGGAGACGAGAUUACGGUUGAUUCUUCGAAGAUUCCAACUGAUACCUACAUUUUCCAUGCUGGCACGAAAUCUGAUAACGGAAAAGUGUACACUAAUGGUGGUAGAGUGAUUGCAUCUUCUGCUGUUGCCCCAACUUUGAAAGAAGCCGUCGACAAAGCUUAUGAAGGUGUAGAAUCUGUUCAAUUUAGCAACAGAUACUUUAGAAAAGAUAUUGCUCAUCGCGCCUUCAAGAAUUCAGCUGCCUCUGCUGGAAAGUCAAUCACCUAUGCCGAAGCAGGUGUUUCCGUCGAUAACGGAAAUCUUUUAGUGCAAAAGAUUAAAGCUACAGUUAAGUCUACCAGCAGACCUGGUACUGACUCUGAUAUCGGUGGUUUUGGUGGUUUGUUUGACUUGAAAGCCGCUGGUUACAAUACUGAUGAAACCUUAUUGGUCGCUGCAACCGAUGGUGUUGGUACAAAGCUAAUGAUUGCUCAAGAAACUGACAUACACAACACCGUCGGUAUUGACUUGGUUGCCAUGAAUGUUAACGAUUUGGUCGUCCAAGGUGCAGAGCCUCUAUUAUUCUUGGAUUACUUUGCUACUGGUGCUUUGGAUAUCAAGGUUGCAUCGGACUUUGUCUCCGGUGUUGCCACUGGCUGUAUCCAAGCUGGUUGUGCAUUGGUUGGUGGUGAAACCUCAGAAAUGCCAGGUAUGUACCCACCAGGUCACUACGAUACAAACGGUACCGCUGUAGGCGCCGUUAACAAAACUCAAAUUCUACCAAAAGUAGAAGAAAUGGGUUCUGGAAAUGUCCUUUUGGGGUUGUCAUCUGAUGGUGUUCAUUCGAAUGGGCUCUCCUUGGUUAGAAAAAUCAUUGAACACACUGGUCUACCGUGGGAAGCUGAAUGUCCAUGGGAUGCUUCAAAGACUCUAGGUGAAGCUAUUCUUGUGCCAACAAGAAUAUACGUGAAACAAUUAUUACCUUCGAUCAAAGAGCAACUACUAUUAGGUUUAGCUCAUAUCACUGGUGGUGGUUUAGUUGAAAACGUUCCAAGAGCUUUACCAAAGCAUUUACAAGCAAAGAUAAAUAUGAAUACCUGGGAAGUACCAGAAGUUUUCAAAUGGUUUGGUAAAGCGGGUAAUGUUCCUCUUGAAGAUAUUCUAAAAACUUUCAACAUGGGUAUCGGUAUGGUUCUAAUAGUUAAGAAGGAGAAUGUUGAAAGAGUUACUGAAUUACUAAAGCAAUCUGGCGAAACCGUAUACGAAAUCGGUGUCUUAGUUGAAAGACCAUCUAACGAAGCCGGCUGCAUUGUCCAAAAUGCGAGUGGUCUUUACUGA